UCUCUCUUAGCCUCCCACUGUUCAUUUGCUCACCAAAAAAAAGGCAGAAUGGGAUGAGUAUAGGAUGUGUGCGUGAAACGGCUGGAGAGGCGAGGAGAGAGAGCGGGGAAAGAAGGAAGGGAGGGGAUGAGAGCGAGGGAGCGAGAGAGCGAGAUAGGGAGGCAGCCAAUGCGCAGCUCUGCAUCUUGAAAGAGAGAGAGGGUGGAGGAGAGAGAGAGAGAGAGGGAGAGAGAGAGAGAGAGAGAGAGAGAGAGAGUGUGUGAGGCGCUGGCAUUCGCUCUGAGACAUCAGGAGUCGGGUGGACUGACGGAGUGUGAUGCCGCUGGAUCCCGCUCCGGCUUUCGCUGCUGCAUUUGCAUGUCCAGCCUGUUGUUAAGAGGUGACCGCAAGUGUGAGAGUGUAUCGUGUGCGAGCCUCAAGUCGCUCACGUGAGUGUGUGUGUGUGUGAGAGAGUGUGUGGGCCCCCUGGCGAGGGGCUCAGCAGGUUGGGCUGGGGGGCGGUAAGGCCAGGUGGCUGUGAGCACCAUGAGCGUGCCACUGCUGAAGAUCGGAGCGGUGCUCAGCACCAUGGCCAUGGUCACCAACUGGAUGUCUCAGACGCUGCCCUCGCUCGUGGGACUCAACGGCACCACUGUGUCCCGCGCCGGAACCUCGGAGAGGAUCGUCAGCGCCUUGUACCCAAGCCCGGAGGAAGGCUGGCAGAUCUACAGCUCAGCGCAGGAUGCAGAUGGGAAGUGUAUCUGCACGGUUGUGGCCCCUGCCCAGAACAUGUGUAAUCGAGACCCACGCAGCCGCCAGCUCCGCCAGCUCAUGGAGAAGGUCCAGAACAUUACCCAGUCUAUGGAGGUGCUGGAUUUAAGGACGUACCGGGAUUUACAGUAUGUCAGGGACACGGAGAACCUGAUGAAAACGGUGGACGGGAGAUUGAAGACGGCUUCAGAAAACCCACGCAGCCUCAACCCCAAGAGCUUUCAGGACCUAAAGGACAAGGUGACUCAGCUGCUCCCCUUGUUGCCGGUGCUGGAGCAGUAUAAGACGGACGCGCAGAUGAUCCUGCGGCUCAGAGACGAGGUGAGGAACCUGUCGCUGGUGCUCAUGGCCAUCCAGGAGGAGAUGGGAGCCUACGACUACGAAGAGCUCCGGCAGAGAGUCCUGUUAUUGGAGACACGCCUGCACUCCUGCAUGCAGAAAUUGGGCUGUGGAAAGCUGACAGGCGUGAGUAACCCCAUCACCAUCCGCGCCUCAGGCUCUAGGUUUGGUUCCUGGAUGACGGACACCAUGAUUCCCAGCUCUGAUAACAGGGUGUGGUCAAUGGACGGCUACUUCAAAGGGCGGCGUGUGCUUGAGUACCGCACCCUGAGCGACUUCAUGAAGGGUCAGAACUUCGUUCAGCACCUCCUGCCUCACCCCUGGGCUGGAACAGGUCACGUGGUCUACAACGGCUCCCUCUUCUACAACAAGUACCAGAGCAACAUCCUGAUCAAGUACCACUUCCGUUCGCGCAGCGUCCUGGUGCAGCGAAGUCUGAGCGGCGCCGGCUACAACAACACCUUCCCGUACUCGUGGGGCGGCUCAUCCGAUAUCGACCUGAUGGCCGACGAGAGCGGACUGUGGGUCGUGUACACCACCAUCGCCAACGCUGGCAACAUCGUCAUCAGCCGCCUGCAGCCUGAGAGCCUGGAAAUCCUGCAGACGUGGGACACGGGCUUCCCCAAGCGCAGUGCCGGCGAGUCCUUCAUGAUCUGUGGGACGCUCUACGUCACCAAUUCGCAUCUCGCCGGUGCCAAGAUCUACUUCGCCUACUACACCAACACGUCCACCUACGAAUACACAGACAUCCCUUUCCAUAACCAGUACUCACACAUCUCCAUGAUGGACUACAACCCACGUGAGCGUGUGCUCUAUACCUGGAACAACGGCCACCAGGUGCUCUACAACGUCACGCUGUUCCAGGUCAUCAAGACCUCCGGGGACUGAGGCUGUCACUUAUAUACAUACACACACACACACACACACACACACACACACACACACAAAACACACCUGUGCAUUACAUAUUUACCAUACAAGUGCGUGUAUAUACAUAUAAACCCACAAACUGACAAGAAGGACAUGACCAUGACUGGAGCUUAGACUUUUUUCUUUUCUUUUUUUUUUUUUUACAUUUCAUUCAUAGAGUGCUAUUAUUCAAAUAAUGUACCGAGAAAAGCCCGCGGGCAGCAAGGUCGAUGCCGAUAUACGAACCGAGCUUUUUUUUGUUUUGUUUUUUGUUUGUUUUUUUUCUUUUUUGUGACAAGUGAGCAUGACACGUUUUUGAUUUGUGGCCAAAAAAAAGAAUAAACGUCUACCUUUAACAUUUCAAAGCGUGACUUUGAUUUCACUUUGUUGAGGGAAAAGGGUGAGAGGCACUGUGUGUGUGUGUGUGUGUGUGUGUGUGUGUGUGUGUGUGUGUGUGGUUUUAAUUUUUUUUUUUGUGGAAUUGAGGCAACCCACUUUCUUUUCUCUAUAGCACCGGUUCCCACAGGUUUUCAGUGGCUCCCGCGGAAACUGGAGUAACCAAACGCCGCCGUAUAAGAACAGCCGUUGCAAGUCUACCUGACGAGAGCUGUCAGUGUUUUGGGGGACUUUAUGGCCCAUGAAGGGCAGAAUGGAGAGGCGCUAAAUGAGGACAGACGGAGAGAUAGAGAGGAAAGAAUAGAGGAAUGAUGAUGAAGGCAUUAAAAUGCAGCUGUAGUGAUGAGGUCGGGGACUGUGCCAAUAUCCGCUGCUAUGGCUGUGUUUGCUGCAAACAGGUUUUUGUGGUCCAAGGGAGUCGCCGCUUUUCUUUUGUUUAAAGUAGGGAUGUAACUGAAUACGAAUAUGUUAUACGGAUUGAACAGAUAACGCAUUCUAAACGGAUACGAGUACAGAUACGAAUACGAGGUGGAGUAUUCGUUUUAUUCCUAUCUUUAUUUUAUGUUUUUAGAAAGCUUGCCAGUAAAGUUCCACAGGGCAUCUGGUUUGGACUACAGAGACUACAGUGCAUCGGGUUCUUGACCGCCUUAGCUUCUUAACUGCCUGGUGGGCAUCAUGGUGGUUUAAAUCAGGCUAUAGUUUGUUUAAUUUUGGGGGGAAAUAGUGCUUACGGUAUUUGUUAGCCGGCAGAAACAAGGUUAUGAUCCAUCACUCUCGAGUGAGGUUGAGGAACUGUCAGCCACACCCACUUCAGGUUCAAAGACUGCUUUCGUUAAUGUCUGCACUACAGAACACGCACCUGAGAUCAGACUGGUCUUAAAUAAUUAUCUUCCCAAAUUAUCCUGUGGCGUGGGGACAAGCUAAUCUUCACCCUUCCAACUAUUACUAACUUUUUGCUGCUCAGCAGGCAUGCGUUUAUAUCUUUAAUCAUUUGGCAGACAUGGUUAUCCACAGCAACUUACAGUUAAGCUGAGCAUAUGAAGGUUAGGAGUCUUGAUCCAGGACCCAGUAGUGACAGCUUGGCUGUGACAGAAUGGAUGUGAAUUCACGACCGUCUGAGUAGUACACCAGAGUCUUAACCAUUAAGCCACCACUUCAUCCUACAGCACCUGGUAGUCCCAGGCAGUCCUCCAUAACCAGGCCCAACAAAGGCUUAGCCGUCAUCUGCUCUGUUUCGAUCUAAAGUCUGGAUUGUUGAUGGGGAAACUGGUCAAAGUUACUAGUUUUUAAGUUGAGGGGAAAAAAGCAUAUGGUGUUUCAUUGUCAAAUUCCUGUUGCGUGGUAGCUUUGAUGAAUGAAGGACAAUUAAGU